AUGUCAAUACUUGGCCGUCAGCUAAGACGCAUCUUUUUGUUGACGGACGACGCGCGGAAAGUGGACUCCAGGAUUCCAAAGGCGCAUGGAGUGUGUUGGGCGACGCUACCUUCAGAGAGUUUGCUUUGCCAAGGCUCUUUGUCGGCCGGGCAAUUACGCGUUCAGGAAGUGCUCGCACAAUAUCAAUCCGAUCCAGCGUCGAGACGAGCACCAGAUACUAUUUCUAAUCCGAUCCGGAAACAAGUCCAAGCCCGAUAUCUUCCUAGGUCUGUGCAGAUCUCCCCUGUCGGGAAGUGUCAAGAGCCGAGAAGAAACAAAGAAGCAUCCCGCGCAGAACUGCGCUACAUGUUACUCAAAUGA